AUGAAUGCCUCACGGUUUCUCUCCACUCUCACUUUUGUGCUUCUCAUUGGAGAGAGCAUAGCUUGGUAUUACAACACCUCCAUCGAACUCAUGACAUACGAUGAAGCCAGUGCGUAUUGUCAACAGAAGUACACACAUCUGGUGGCAAUUCAGAACAAAGAAGAGAUCAAUUACCUGAACUCCAAUCUGAGAUUUUCACCAAGUUAUUACUGGAUUGGAAUCAGAAAGGUCAAUAACGUAUGGAUCUGGGUGGGGACCCACAAACCUCUGACCGAGGAGGCUAAGAACUGGGCACCUGGUGAACCCAACAACAAGCAGAAGAAUGAGGACUGUGUAGAAAUCUACAUCAAAAGACUCAAUGACCCGGGCAUGUGGAAUGACGAGAGAUGUGACAAAAAGAAACUGGCUCUGUGCUACACAGCUUCCUGCACUCCUGCAUCCUGCAGUGGCCAUGGUGAAUGUGUAGAGACCAUCAACAGUUACACUUGCCAGUGCCACCCUGGCUUCCUUGGACCCAACUGUGAGCAAGUUGUGACGUGCGAAGCGCAGAAGGAGCCUGACCAUGGACUUCUCGACUGCACACGGCCUUUUGGCCUCUUCAGCUAUAAUUCCUCUUGCUCUCUCAGCUGUAGCAGGGGCUACCUGCCAAGCAGCCCAGAGACCACCAUGCGGUGUAUGUCCUCUGGAGAAUGGAGUGUGGCUGCUCUGUCCUGCAAAGUGAUUGAAUGUGAAGCUUUGACACACCCUACCAAUGGAGUCAGGAAAUGUUCCCCGAAUCCUGGGAGCUUCCCAUGGAACACGACCUGUACAUUUGCCUGUGAUGAAGGGUACAGGCGAGUUGGAGUCCAGAGUCUGCAGUGUACCUCCUCCGGCGUCUGGGACAACGAGAAGCCCUCGUGCAAAGCUGUGACCUGUGAUGCCAUACCUCAGCCCCAGCAUGGCUCUGUGCACUGCAGCAACUCAACAGCUGCAGAACUGGCCUUUAAGUCAUCCUGUAACUUCACCUGUGACCAAAGUCACACGUUGGAGGGGCCGGCCCAGGUUGAAUGCAAUGCAGAAGGGCAGUGGACACCACAGAUUCCAGUGUGCAAAGCUUUCCAGUGUAAAGCCUUAUCCAGGCUACCACGGGGCUCCAUGAAAUGUCUUCCCAGUGCUUCUGGACCUUUCCACAGUGGAUCCAGUUGUGAGUUCUCCUGUGAUCAAGGAUUUGAACUGAAGGGAUCAAAAAGGCUCCAGUGUGGCCCAAGAGGGGAGUGGGACAGCAAAAACCCCACAUGUUCAGCUGUGAAAUGUGAUGCUCUCCCUCAGGCCCAGAAUGGUUUAAUGGAGUGUGCUCAUGCUACAACCGGAAACUUCACCUACAAGUCCUUGUGCACCUUUCGAUGCAACAAAGGCUUCAAAUUACAUGGAUCAGCUCAGCUUGAGUGCACUUCCCAGGGCCAGUGGACCCAGGAGGUACCCUCCUGCCAAGUGGCACAGUGCCCAAGCCUUGAAGUGCCUGGAAAGGUGAAUGUGAGCUGCAGUGGGGAUACUGUUUUCGGCACUGUAUGUGAAUUUACAUGUCCUGAUGGAUGGAAACUCAAUGGAUCUGCAGUUAUGACGUGUGGUGACACAGGACACUGGUCUGGGAUGCUGCCUACCUGUGAAGCCUCCACAGAUGGCACCCGUCCCUUGGUACUUGCACUUUCUACAGCAGGAACCUCGCUCCUGGCAUCAUCUUCAUUUCUCUACUUAUUGCUGAGAUACUUUAGAAAGAAAGCAAAGAAAUUUGUUCCUGCUAGCAGCUGCCAAAGCCUUCAAUCGUAUGGUAAUUAUCAAGUACCUUCUCACAUCAUCUAA